AUGAUUAAAAAUAAGCUAAAAAAUAAAAAGAAAUCCCGAGUUAAAAACAAUGAUAACACAUUAAAGAAGUUAUCAGUUGAGGAAUUGGGGAAUUUAGUAAAGACAAAAAAGGAGGAAUUAAAUAGGACAAUUCAAAAGAAGAAUUUAUUAGAAAAAAAACUAGACGAAAAAAAUGAUGAGUUAGAAACUUUCAGUAAAGAGUACACUGAAUUAAAAAAUAAAAUAGAAUUGAUCAGUAAAGGGUGUGAAGAAUAUGAUGAAAAGGUAAAUCUGGAAAAGAAAACGAUAAAAAUCAAGUCAGUUUUUUAUAACUUUCAAAAUUCGGACCAACUAAAGAAAUUGGAAAACGAAAAAGAAAAUCUUAAGGUAUUAAUUGAUGAAAAGCAUGAAGAGGCAAUGAAUAAUUUAUUAAAUUACAUAGAAGACGAACGAAUUAAUCUAGAUUAUGUAAAAAAUAAAAACUUUAACGAAAUAAAUGAGUUAAAGACAUCCUUUGAUAUGAAAAUAAAGACAAUCGAAGAAAUAUUUAAAAAGCAUUUAGAAGAAUAUGAUAACGACCAAAAAUAUGAAAUGGAAGAAAUUAUAGAUAAUUAUACUAUUAUGGAAAAAAAUGAAAUAAUUUAUUUAAAAAAUUUAUAUAAUGAUCACAUUAAAGAUAUUAGUGAAAUAUAUAUGAACAUGAUUAAUGAUUAUAAAAAAUAUUAUUUUAAUCAAAUUAGAGAAAACAUAACCAAAAUAAAACUAUUAAAAAAACAAAUAAACGAGUUGGAAGCAAAUGAUAAAGAGGCUAAAAGUGAUAUAAAUAUCUAUAGCACAGAAAACUUAUCUAUGCUUGAAAAUAUAAAAACAUUGGAAAUAAACAGGGAAAAUCUAAACAAAGCCUUAAAGUUUUAUUCAAAAGAUUUCGUGAUGUAUAAAAACUUAGAAUUGAUUUAUAAUGAGAACAAUGUAUAUAUUAAAAAUUUGAAAGUGUUUUCUCACAGUUUCAAGGAAAAAAUAUUGCAAGUUGAAAAUGCUUUUAUAGAUUUAUCGAAAAAUGAAAAUGACGGUUUUGAUGAUUAUUUUGAAAAUAUUAAAAAUAAAAAUAUGUGUUUGAAAAAUAAAAUAAAAAGUCUUAAUUUGAAUUUGGAGUCUCUAGAUAAAGAGUUAAACUUAUAUAUAAAAGAAAAAGGCAUAAAACAGGAAGAUGUUAUAACAGUUAGAAAGGGAAUAGACUUUUGUAUGCGCACAUAUAAUAAAGAGUUUGAUAACUUGUUAUAUGCUCAAAGAAAAAUAAAAAAGAAAAUGAAAGACAGUGAAAAUAUUUAUGAAAAAAAACUAAAAGAUAUUAAUAUAAAAAAGGAAAAUUAA